GAGUUAGAGAAGCGUACACUUCCAUUUUCUUGAUCCACUCGGCGAAGUGAGAGCACGUGUUUGUUCGCCGGCACUUUUCUUUGAAAGACUUAAUUUUAAUAACAAUCUUCGCAAAAAGUAACCGUCACGCGUACACGGUUAUUAAUUGUCUUGUGUAACGUUGUAAUCGAUCCUUAAGUUCUUACAUUUUACAAACUAGUAUCAACAUGAAUCCUGAAAAGCUUAAGAAGCUCCAAGCCCAAGUACGAAUCGGCGGUAAGGGAACACCCCGUCGCAAGAAGAAGGUAGUACAUGCAACUGCUGCUACAGAUGACAAGAAAUUACAAAGUUGUCUAAAGAAAUUAUCAGUUAACACUAUACCUGGUAUAGAAGAAGUUAAUAUGAUAAAGGAUGAUGGCACUGUCGUUCACUUUAAUAAUCCAAAAGCUCAGGCUAGUUUGUCUGCUAAUACAUUUGCAAUUACUGGCCAUGGGGAAAACAAGCAGAUAACCGAAAUGUUGCCUGGUAUAUUGAGUCAACUAGGUCCAGAAGGUUUAACGCAGCUUAAGCGAUUAGCAAGUACAGUGGCCGGUAGCGCAGUUGGCAAAGCAACGCUGGAAGAAGAUGAUGAAGUUCCUGAUUUAGUUGAGAACUUUGACGAAGCUAGCAAAGAAGAGGUCGCACCAAAAAAAGAAGUUGAGGAAAAUGAUAAAGCCUCUGCUGACAAAAAGGAAAUUAUCACAAUCGAGGAAAAGAAAGAAGCACCCUUAGCUACAUCCGAAGCUUAAAUAGUUAUUGUCGAGUGUCGAGGUAAAGCCCUAGAUUUUCUUAUUUUCUAUAGAUGUUUCCCAGGACAGAUUGUUUUAAUUAAAAGUCAAGAAAUGCAAGUUGCAUAAGCAACCAGUAAACGAAGUAUAACUAUACACACACGUUAUAAAUACUUGACAUACACUAUAAUAUUACUAUAUGAGUAAUAGUUGACAAGAAAUAAAACAGAAUAUUACAGAAAUUAAAAUAUUUUUACGAAAGAUAUGUUUCUUACUCUCUUUAUUGGAUCUGUUAAACGUCUAUUUUGUUUCCAAUUAGUCAGUGAAGAAUAUUAUUAUUCCUGAAUUAAAAUAGAAGCGUGAAUAUGCAUAUAUAUACUAAUAUGUUUAAACACAAAUUACAUUCUAUAACAAUGUUGUGAACGUUCAUCUCAGUUGCUCAAGUGUGUUUAAAAGACUAAUGCAAGAUAAAAAAUUUAUAAUAAAAGGCUAUAUAUAUAUUUAUAUACAUAUAAAUAUAUAAAUAUAUAUAUAUUAUAUUGAUGCCUUGAAACAAAGAGCGAAGAUUUUUUUAAAGAAAAGCAUUAUGUUAUUAGCUUUCAUUUUUUGUUACGACUAACUAUAUAUAUAUAUAUAUAUAUAUAUAUAUAUAUAUAUAUGCUGGAAAUGAAGUUAAAGUAAUGGGAAAAUAAAAGAAAAAUAACAUAAUUACACUCGAGAAACAGAGGAUAUGGUUUAUCUAUCUGUAAUAAUGUUAUUCAACAAAGGAAAGUUUAUAUAGAUUAUAGAAUGAGGCAAAAAUAGGUGAAAAAUAUUGAAACAUUUCUAUUUUAAUUGAUGAAGUUAUUGACAAUGGCUAAUAACUAGCUACUACUGAGUGAUACCCCAUUGGCAAUGGCUUUCCAGCACAGAGAAAGAAAUGGGGUGUAAUAUUUUGUAAUGUAAUCUAUGGAAUAAAUUCUUUUGCUGGAAAUGCGGUUUUCUACUUAAAAGAAGAAAAAAAAA